UAUAUUUUAUAUGAAUUCCUUACUUUCUAGUUCUUAAAAACAUAUAAACUAUAGAAGAGAAUAAAAGAAAAGUAUCAAGAAAAGAUGAAGGCUUGUGUGAUAUGUUUGAUGUUAAUAAGUAUUUUUGUGAUGAUGGAGCCAAGGUUAGCUGGUGGUAAAUAUUUAGAUCCAGGAGUUCUUAAUCCGUGUUUGCGUCCUAAUCCACCAGCAGGAUGCCAGUCCCCAGGAUCCGUCGAGAAACCUAAGGAGCGAGCUAAUGAGCAUAAAGCUGGAUGCUCCAAAAGUACCCGGUGUGACCGUGCAACAUAAUCAUGGUGAUAUAUCCGCAUCAUAAAUGUCUCAUUCUAUUAUAUAGAUAACUAGCAAUUGACCCGUGCUAUGCGCGUUAGUUAGAUUAUGAUGUAU